AUGGUUACAAUAGUUCCAUCCAGAUUUGCAGGACUGAAAAUCGAGGAUGAUGGCGAUGGAUUUCGUAAACCGAAACAAAAAUCAAAGUCCAAAUCAACUUCUAAAACUGAAGCACCUGUUGUAAAAAUCGCCGUACCCGUACCCGUCGCUCAGAAGCAACCUAAAAAACGAAAACCUAAAACUAAGGCAACAAAAGAGUUAAUCCAAAAAGAGGAAUGGCUAAAAUGGCAACAGAAAGACAAAGAACUUUCGGAAAUUUCGUAUAUGAACGAUCUCGCGCAAGCCGUAUUACUGUCGAAAUUGGAUUUUGAAGCCAAUAAAACAAAAUACCUGCAAAUGGCAAAGGAAACUAGACUGCCACAGGCAAGGAAUAAAAAACCAAAAACGCUAUCCCUGCAGGAAUUUCAGGUAAAGGUCAGCAAGGAGAUGUUAGAAAAACAGCAACAGAACAAGCAACACGAGGAAGAAGUAGAAUGCAACAAAAAUACGUUCUUCGAACAACUCGAACUUGAAAUCAAGCAAAUUCAGAAUAAGGAGCAGCUCAAAACGUUCUUCCAAAACGUUGCUGAGUCGACCAACGCAAAGAACGUGAAGGAAGCUAUAAAAAAAGACGCUCAUUUAAAGGCUGGAGCUGCAAACAAAGAAAUGGAUCAACUAAAAGAAGAGAACUCGAGUCUAAAAGAAGAAAUAUCGCUGCUUCGAGAUCGUUACAAAAGAGUAGUUGGAAUGCUUAAGCAUGGAGAAAUGAGAGAGAAAACGGAACUGAUGAUUGAAAUUGAGAAGUUAACUAAAGCUCAAGAAGAUAUGAUUGCAGAAAUUACCGUGUUAUACGGACAAUUGGAACAAGCCAAGUCCAUGUCCAACCAGGUGAUAAAGACUAAGCCCACAAAUCGCCGAUCUGUGCGAUUUGGUACUUUAUCCGUCAAUCAAGCCGAAAAUGUUGUAAACUAA